CUUCCUAUCACAUUACUGAAAGCCUCUUGUAAUAUGCCAAUGCUGGUUGAGCUUAAGAGUGGUGAAACCUACAACGGACACUUAGUGGCAUGUGAUGACUGGAUGAAUAUUCAUCUUAAAGAGGUUAUAUGCACAUCUCGAGAUGGUGACCGUUUCUGGAAAAUGUCGGAAUGUUUCAUCCGUGGUAGUAUAAUAAAAUAUUUACGUAUUCCCGACGAUGUCAUUGACAAAGUAAAGGAAGACAUACAGGCCUCAAGAAUGCGCAACAGAGAACUUGGUGGACGUGGAGGUAGUGGUGGUGGUGUAAACCGAAAUAAAUUUCGUGGUAAGUUUUCGGUUUUUGGUCUCAAGUACCAAGAAAAACAUGCAUAA